AUGGCAGUCCGUCCAGAAAGCGUCGAGGACUGGUUCCAUUUCGUCCCAACUUUGCUCGACAACGAGGGUUGGCAGACCGUGCGUGACAGUUCUGCGGGCAGGUUGUUGCACCAAAACUGCCCCUGGGGUGGACAUCUUGUCAGGUUCUCUUUGAAGGACAUCGAAGUCCACAGCCCGCCUGCAGACACCUCAUACCUCUUCGUGCGACCGGAGACGCGUGUGUGGGCAAGGAGCACGUAUCAAGGGCUCAAUGAGGAGUUGUCCGAGGUGGUGCAGCAAGUGGCACCAGGCCAUGCCGUGGUGCGCAGACGCUCUGCGUGGAGGUUCAAUCGGCAGUGUGCAGUGUUCUUCCUUUUGCUCAGCAAGAGGAUUCCCAGCACGGAGAUGCCUGGUGACGUGUGCUGGAUGGUUCGGAGGAACUACCCGGGACGCGGCGACAGCGCCUUUCUGGUGAAAUGCUUGGCGGAAGAGUUGGAGGUUCUCGUCGUGGGCAGGCCACAGGGUCCCAGCACCUUUGCACUUGACUGGGUGUUGCGGGUGCUCUCAGUGCCAAUGUGGGCCUCAGUGCACUUCGAGAACCUGCUCCAGUCGGCAAGGGACUGCACGCAGUGGUUCGUCAACCGACCUGCCGUUGCUGAGAUGCGCAUGAGGGACAUGCAGUGCUAUGCCGUUCUCACAAUCCAAAGCUGGCGGCGGGGCCGACCGCUUAUUCCGGCGGGACCUGGGGAAGAGGACGUUACGAUUGAUGCCGGUCAGCGAGAUGGGCUCACGUCUUGGGUCCGCUAUGACCCUCGAAUGGUCCGCAGCAGCAGCUUUCUGCUUUCGGAGUAUCUCACGUUGUUCCUGCAGAGGAUCGGUGCGCAAGCUGCCUUCUAUCAGUCCGUGGAUGGGCAGGAGCUGCUGCCGUACCAGUGCGCCAUUGCACGGGAAGACUGGGAUCGAGUGCGUCCGCACUUCCAGCGUGCCUACGCUCUGCAAAAGGCGGCCUAUCGCCGCUCGCGCGGUGGCCGGGCGGCUCCGAGUUUGAUUGAAUCCUUAGCCCCCCGGUUUAGAGAUGACCACAGUCUCGACGAUUUGCGGCAGCGUCUGCGCGAGUCAAUUGAGGUAAGAACAGUGAUACGCAAAACCUUCGUGGAGGUCGACGACUCUGCAGACCUCGAUGGGUAUGAAAGUUCUUUCCAACGACGCCGGACCGCGUCACCGGUGAGACACUUCUAUCGCAAAGACUUUGUACCCGCUUGCUAG